AUGACCUACUCUGAACAUGUAAGAAGCACUGCGAGCAAAGCGAAGAAAAACAUCAACAUAUUAAAAGCCGUAUCUGGAGCUGACUGGGGAAAGGACACAGAGACUAUUGUGCAAACCUACAAGGCACUGAUACGUCCAGUUCUGGAGUAUGGAAGUAGUAUAUGGGGUCCCAUAACAUCGGAAAGUGGCUGGCAGAAAAUACAAACUGUUCAGAACUCUGCCCUGAGAAUUGCCACAGGACACACACGUGACACCAACGCACAACAUCUUCACGACGAAACAUCUGUCCUGCCUCUGAAGAACCAUGUGCAGAUGAUGGCCUUGCAACUGAGGGAGAAGAGCAAACUGGAAGAACACCCACUGAGAAGUCUGAUGAACCAAGAACCAAUCAGACUCAUGAAAAAGACCAUAUACAACAGCGAGUAUAGCAUAAAAGUGUAUGACUGCAACAACAGUGAUAGCAGCGUGGAGGUGAAUAGAAACAUGAAGACAUUGCAUACCACCGCAGUCGAGAGAUACCUAGAGUCGAGAACACCCGACAAGAUUCUAAAUGCACCUGCACCUAAAGUAAAUGAAAUAGAGAGGACUUUGGACCGAGGCAUGAGGCGCACAUUGGCGCGUUAA